AUGCGUAAAAGGCGGUCACCGAUUGGUGAAGACAUAACUAUGCGGCAGCGACGUCGCGAUUUGCACAUUCAUCACCAUCACCGCCCGAUCAAGCCUCUCGCCAAUGUCACUCCUACGAGACGCACUCGUUCACUUCCUACAGUGCGCCACCCAUUGCUAAUGCCGGAGAAGGAAGACCAUCUCGGUUGGCAAGAACCACUAUCAGUGUGGAAUCAAAACGCGCCUCGCGUCUAUAUAUGCGUUGUAUUAUGCUUUCCUUGCGAUCACCAACGCCGACAUGAAGCAAUUCACCAUAUCGAGUCCGCCCUCAAGCGUCUAGCCAAGGAACGGCCCGUCUUUGCGGGGCGCCUUCAAGCUAAUAGUAAUAACGGCAACGUAUCACUUCACCGGUCUCCAUCACAGGACAUUCCUUUUCAAGUACUCCCCGCUAGCGAGACUUGUCAACGAGAUUAUGCACGACUAAGUAAAGACGGAUUCCCGCCGGGCACAUUCGUCCAUCCUCGGUUUGGUGUUUCGGGGAAUGUAGGCACCAACCUCGACUCAAUACCAGUAUCGAAAGUACAAGCGGAAUUCCCACCCGGUGGCUUGCUACUUUCUAUCUUCCUACAUCACGGCUUGGUGGACGGCGGUUCAUUGCGCGUCUUCCUGGAAUGUUUCGCCGCGCAGACCCGGAAUACUCCAGUUCAUCUGCCAUCUGAACAGACGUUUCCUAUGUUGCCUUCUCGAGGCCACAAAAGUCCAAUCACAAUGCGCAAUAUUUCUACGUUUAGGGGUCUAUUGGCAGGAUGUCCAGAAUACACAAUGCUAGGCGAUCUUAGCGGCCCAACGCAACCGCGACUAUUAAAAACUGGGUUGGAUAUGGCACAUAUCGAGAAAAUUGGCAAGAUCUUCGUCUUCAGACACGAACGGCUGCAAGAGCUGCGGGAACUGAUCCGGUCUCGAAAUGGGACGGUGGAGCCUCCAUCGGCAUACACAAGCUUGGCGGCCCUCGCAUUUGCGCAUAUCACGAAAGCUCGCGUGGCAGCUGAGAAGUACUUACCAGGAAGUCAAGCGAGAAGAUAUGCCAUGUUAUGGAAUUCGGUGAAUUGGAGGACGAGGGCCUUCAAGGGCGCGACAGAUAAUUACUUUGGUAAUGCAGCAUUACCAGCAGUCACGAGGGUGUCAAUGGCCCAACUAGUAGCGGCGUGUGAGGACGACACCGAACUUGCUCAGCUUGUGCCGUUCGUAAAAGAAUCAAUUGACGCUGUUGACCAGGAAUACGUCAGCCGGCGUCUUGCCCUGCUAUCCGAAGCACCCGACCCACGCUUAGUUGGGGUCAAUUAUGACCCACGGAUGCCUGAAGCGUUGGCGUUCAACACAUGGAGGCAUUUCGGGGCAGAUGUGGAAUGGAGCAUCCCGGGAGUGCCCGUGACAAGGGCGGAUGCGAUAAGGAGGGCACACGGUUCGUGGAACCUUGGUACGGCGCUGAUACUUCCGGCCAAGGCGGACUCGAUGAAGCAAGAACUUUUUGUUAGCUUGCCGAUUGAUUCGAUGAGGCUGUUAUGCGCCGAUGAUGGAUGGACGCGGUGGAUUGAUAGGAUCAUAGGUUGA